AUGGAACAGAAAAGAACACGAAAAGAACGAAAAUCAACUGAUUUAACUCAAAAAGAAUUAGCUUUACUUCGAUCUAGUAGCCAAUUAAGUGAUAAAGAAAUCAAAUUAUGGCAUAGCGAAUUUAUUCGCAAAUAUCCUAGUGGUCAACUUGACAAAGAAACAUUUAUAAAAACCUAUCAAGAGCUUUAUCCUGAAAGUGAUUCGCUGCUUUCAUGCCACACAUUGUUUGAUGUUAUUGAUACAAACAAGAACAAUUUAAUCGAUUUCAAUGAAUUUCUUUUUCUUGCUGCUAUUGGUAAUCGUACGGGGAGUUUAGAUGAACGACUUGAUAUUAUUUUCGAUCUAUGGGACGUUUCUAACGAUAGUUUACUCGAUCAAAAUGAAUUAGCUCAUUUAAUUUCAGCAAUGUAUGAUCGUGCUGGUGUUGUUGAUCGUCAAGGCAAUCAAGAUCCACAUAGACGUGCGAAGGAAAUUAUUGCUAAACUUGACAUCACAGGUGACAAGAAACUGAAUAAAGACGAGUUUAUUAACGGAUGUAAAAAUGAUGAAGUCAUUCGAAAACUUCUUGCACCAGAUCCAUAA